CCUGAGCGCAAGAAAACUGUCUGACAGCACCAUGGCUUCUCCUGCUCCUCUGACGAAGGCCAACACCAGCUUCUGCCUGGCUCUGUUCAGUAAGCUGGGGGACAACGACAGGACUGAGAACGUCUUCUUCUCUCCAUUCAGCGUCUCCUCAGCUCUGGCCAUGGUCAUGCUGGGAGCCAGAGGCAACACGGCCACGCAGAU